GUUGGUGGGCGCCGCUGUUGUCGCCACGGUCGGUGGGCUUCUCACUUCUCAGGGGUACACCACCGCGCACGCGCGGCCAGCAGGGUCUCUCGCUGGUUGGCGCGCGGCGUGUUCAUCGGCUCGUGUUUCUUCUUCGAGGUAGGGGGAUGGGCAGCGAGGGUCGCCGUUUGCGCCCGUGAAGGGGGAUUUUUCACCAGCCGUAUAUCUCUGUUUGGUCUGGUGGCUUCCCUUGCUAGAUGCGUCCGUUCGAGGUGGAUUUGUUUGUUGGCGCCCCUGCUGCGUGCACAAGUGAUUUUGGCGAAAAUUUCCGAAAUUUUGGUGACGAAUAUCGCGUUUCUUGUUCCGUACAAUCAAGGCGUUGUUUAUUCUGUUCAUCCUAACGUCGUGUUACCUGUGCUUCCGUGGCGCGACUCAUGAUUUGUGCUUAUGUGAUCGUGAAUUUGGUGCUGCAGGUGUCUCUGCGCUCUUGUUCUGCUGAAACUAGCUGGUUUAUCCGGACAACAUAAUGGCUGCCGAUGUUGGGCAGCGAUUCAGCGGGUGGUCAUGCUCGGAUUUGCCUUACAAUGACCACAGCACCCAGGAUUCUUCAGUUCAGCAAAUGGUGCUCAAUCAUGGUUCAAUCUCAUUUGGUAGAUUUGCUGCAGAAUCCUUGUCAUGGGAGAAGAGGUCCGUGUUUGAGCAUAACAGACGACAAGAGGAGAUAAGCAAGCUCACAGCACCGGGUUUGGUUGCACAAAAGAAGGCAUUCUUUGAAGAAUAUUUCAAGAGAGCGAGGCAACUGAAGGCUCAGGGGGCAAUGCACCAGACUGAAGCCACAAUGGAUGAGAGGAAUGAUGACAGUACUCUUGGCCAUAGCAGCCAAGUAGAUGAAUUACAUGAAGAUAUGUCAGAAGAUCCAGUGGCCAGUGCUCCAAGUUCUAGUUCUGAACCUAUCACUGAGGUCAACUCAUCAGAUGAGAGGAAUUGCCAAGAUGGUCAUGAGCUCGGGUACUUGACAUUUAAUCCAUUAUUUUCUCAAACAGCAAGCUUGCAAAAUAUUCAGGAGGAGGAGAGGUCUAGCUCUGGCCAAAAGCAAUAUCCCUGUGCAGCACAGACAAGUAGCAAUAAUGGAUUCAGCUGUGAAGCUAUUGAGAGAAAAAUUCUUGCUCCAAAACGAGUGGUAUCAAAUGAUAAUGGUGAAAGUAAUGUUACUGGCACGAGAAUUGUCUUACCAAUAGCAAGUCUACAACCCGAAGGUUUGGAAGUUGGUCAUGAGAAGCAUGCGGCUAGAAAAAGUGUAGCUAUUGUUAAUAGAUCAAUGAAGAUAGUGAAGGACCUGCCAACUUCUGUUAUACACACCCAAAGGGUAGAUUUAAGAAGCAAUUCAGAAAACAAGCCCUCUCAAGACUUGAAGGAUCCAUUCCACAAGAGAGUUGAGAUGAAAUUGUGUGCUUUAUCUGAUAGAUGGGAUGCUGAUAGAUCCGCAGCCUCUUCAAGAUCAGCUUCUUAUCAGCAUGCUGGUAGAGCUAUUACCUCAUGUAGAUCUUCACAUCAAAAUAAUGAUAGAGUUGCAACAUCUUCCAGCUCCAGUUUGUGCCAGAACACUGAUAGAGUUUUGGCACCUUCUAAAUUAGCUGCUCAAGCUCCCCAAAAAUAUCUAAAUGGUGUGCAACGUUCAAAUGCCCGUGGGAUUUCAUUUAAUAAAGGAUCAAAUGCUUCUCAUGUUGCAUCCUGCAACAGUACUGCUACAGGGAAAUUGGCUGCCAAAACAUUGGCGAUGCCCAGUUCAUCUCAAGUUAGCGCAAGAACAUCAAAAACUGCUCAGGUUACAUUAAAAAGGUCAGCAAGACUAACUAGCAUAAAUGAUGGAUCGAAGAACAAAAGGAAGCAGCUGAGCACACCCGCAGCAUUGGAUGAAAAUAGCAGGAAGAGAGGAUAUGUGCGUGCAUCUGCAUCUCUGAGUGCAAGAAGCAGCUCCGAAAAUUACCCCCCUACUGCAAAGGCACCUAAGAUUUCAAAUAUGACAAAUGUGGUAGCCAAGACUGAACCUGUGCAGAAGUCAAGAUCCGCAGGCCAUACUGUUGGCGCAAGAAGUACGACGGUAAAGCGCUCUGUGACCAGUGAACAAAACAGAAAGGUGCUCCGAUCGGGCGGUGGAAGGCUUGCUGAAUCCGGCACGAGCAAUCUGAAAGGUGGUCCAUCCCUGACUAAGAACAAGCCAAGGCAAGAGAGGCCACGAUGGCGAUGAUAUGAUGAUGAUGAUGCCGAGAGCGCCGUGGGUGCAGUUGGCCCGUUUACACGCGAUGAUCAUCCGGGCCGGGAAGCCUGAUACCACUCGUUGGCCCAUUGCAUAUGGCAAGUAGCAAUCAACAAGGGGGCCCAGUACAUAUGGCAAGAAGGCAUUGCUUUGUUCUGUAGCUGCAGGCCGUCCACAUUAGAUAUUAGAUAUGGUUAGAUAUACCUACAAUGCAAUGGUUGGUUGGUAGGUUCGCUGGUUUCUGUUUUAUUUUACGUGGUUAUUAGCCUUGGGCAGCUCCAAUCUUUGGAAGCGUUGUGUCGGCAAUGUUGUAAUCCAAAUCCAGUCAAGACGCAAACGGAUUUCUUCCUUCUGUCACGGUUUGUGAAAGGCAGUACCGAAACAUGCCAUGGAUUCUCCCUGCUACUGUC